UUCUUGCUCAUAUAUACUUAGGUUCUUGUUUUUGGUUUUAAAAAAAAAAAAAAACUUGUAGACGAAAAUAAAUAUGGAUGAAGUAGAGAUACCUCAAUAUUUUUUAUGUCCUAUAUCACUUAUGAUCAUGAAAGAUCCGGUGACAACGGUGACUGGGAUAACGUACGAUCGAGAAAGUAUCGAGGUGUGGUUGGUAACGGCGGAGGAAGACAUGGCCGUGACAUGUCCGGUGACAAAACAGAAUUUGCCUAGAGAUAUUGAGUUGUUGACACCAAAUCAUAUGCUACGGCGACUAAUUCAAGCUUGGUGUAUUGCCAAUGCAAGUAAUGGGAUUGAUAGAAUUCCAACCCCUAAAUAUCCUUUGGAUAAAUCUCACAUGCUCCGACUUGUUCGUCAGGUGAAUAAUCAUCAGCUUUGUGCUGAAGCAUUGAAGAAAAUUGAUGCUUUAGUGAUUGAGAAUGAGAAGAACAGGAAGUGCUUGGAAGAAGUUGGUGCAAUUAAGGCUAUGGUUUCUUUUAUAGUAAGAAACUAUAAAGAAAGAAAAGUAAUCAAUGGUCUUGAAGAAGCUUUGAAAAUUUUUCACCUUGUUUGGAGCCCAACAACUGAAAAUGAGCAACUUGUCAAGGAAAAUCGCGAUCUAAUCGUAGCUAUUUUAUGGAUCUUGAGGAGUGACAUGACCAAAAAUCAAGUCGUUCUCAAGACUCAAGCGAUGAUGGUGUUAAAAAACGUAACAGAGGUGUCGAGUUCAAAUCUUUUGUCAGGGCUAGACCCUGAAUUCUUUCAAGAAAUGGUGAAUAUGCUACGAAAAGAAAGCAAACAUCACAUCUCUCAACAAGCAACAAAAGCAGCCUUACAAGUACUAGUACAUGCUUGUUCAUGGGGAAGAAACAAGCAAAAAAUCAUCGAAUCAGGAGCCAUAUUCGAGCUAAUAGAGCUCGAAUUAUGCAAUACAGAAAAAAGAGUUUCGGAAUUGGUACUUUGUGUUUUGGCUCAUUUGUGCACUUUGGCUGAUGGUAGGGCAGAAUUCUUGAAACAUGCAGCUGGAAUUGGUGUUGUUACAAAAAGGACACUUAGGGUUUCUUCAUCUACUGAUGAUUGUGCAAUUCAAAUUCUUGGAUCAAUUUCUAAGUGUUCAGCCACAAAGGAAGUGUUGAUGGAAAUGUUGAGAGUUGGAGCUGUGUCAAAGCUUUGUAUGGUGAUUCAAGCAAGUUGCAGUGAUUACUUAAAGAAAAAAGCUAUGGAGAUCUUGAGGACACAUUCUCAUGCUUGGAGUAAUUCUCCAUGUAUUCAAGUUUAUCUCUUGACUAGAUAUCCUGGACAAUAGAGCCCUAUAACAACGUACCCAAGUGGGGUCUGGGGAAGGUGAUGACGUACGUGGACUUUACCCUAUCUUUGUAGUGUACAGAGGCUGAUUCUGAUACACCUUGGGCCCCAUAGAACCCUAAAUUCUUUAAUUACUAAUGUUUUCUUUCUUUAACUUCUUUAAAUGAUACAUGGACAAAUACACCAAAAUUGUAUCCCCUUUAUUUUUCAGAAAAGAAACAUUAGGAAAGAUCAUAUAUUGAGAAACAAAUCCAGAAGUUGCGAAGAAUAAGUGCAAAUGGUGGCUUAAUUUGUAUUUUCCUCUCUUAAUUUUAUUUAUUUACUGUGUCUAUUUAUUUAGUUUACUGCUAGAAGAUGAUGUUGAAGGAUAAAAAUGGUACAACGCAAACCUUAAUAAAGUUAUGAAAAUUGUAUUAAGUUUAAAGAAUUGCUACUAUUCCUACUUUUUUUUUUUUUCCAAUCUACAAAUGGAUUUGGCCUGUAGGGGUUUCUUGCACUUUAGUAGC